AUGAAGCGGGCAGCGAUCGACUUCAAUUUCUUCAACGAUCAUAAAUUCGAAGAGUACUUCAAAGACGACAAUAAUUCUGAUGAAAAGGAAACUGGCGUGGCGUACAAAGAGACGCCGGUUAUAGUGAAGGCUAGCACCAUUCGACACGAAAUAGGCUACGGGCUAUUUGAAUUUGGACCUAGGGGGAACAUUAUGGAGGAGUUGGUCAUAACAACAAGGCAGAAAGACCCGUUCUCUAAAAAAUGA